UUGCAUUUUUUUAAACAUACUCUUGCAGUUCGCAAUGGACCUCAAUUCGUUUAGACAGCAGGUCCUGGCAGACACGUCUGUUGAGGAGCGGGUCGAGGUGAACCAGCGGCACCUUAUUGACAAGAUCCUAGCGCGAUACAGCACCGAAUACACCUUCCACCGCGAGCUCCUGCAGAACUCGAACGAUGCCGGCGCCAGUAAAGUCAUCAUCACAUUCCACACAGCGCAGGCAGGCGCUACUGCAGGCACGUCGAAUGGGAACGCAGCUACUGGGAUGGCACCAGCGGCGGUGGAUGACGGCAGUGAUGGGGUUGAGGUAGUAGGGGCGUUCCCAGCAGCUGCUUUGCAGGCAGAGGCCUCGCAGAAGGCCAGGGCUAGCGAACUGCGCGCAAAAUACCGCGGGCUGACGUUGGCAGAGCAGUGCACGUCGAUUUCAUUCAAGAACAACGGGCGGGCGUUCACAGCAGCCGACUGGGCGCGGCUGAAGUCAAUAGCAUCGGGCAAUCCAGGACGAGAACAAGAUCGGGUUCUUUGGCGUCGGCUUCUACAGCCUGUUUUCGGUGUGCGAGGAGCCCUUUGUGGUGUCGGGAAACGAGUGCAUGGCGUUCUACUGGCGCGGCGACCAGCUGUUUACAAAGAAGACUGAGAUGGCGGAGCCGGCGCGACGGUGCCGAGUGGACGACGUUCUUGAUGCAGCUGCGGGACUGGCCCGUCGCAGAUUCCGGAUCCCGAGACCUUCGGCAGGUUCCUGGCCACGUCGCUUGGCGUUCACGGCGAACCUGAUGGAUGUGGAGGUCAGGAUCGACGACG